CUAAGCAGCAGUAAAUCACCUCCUCUACUCCAUCUCUUUCCGUUUCAUUGCAUCCCGAUCGGGGAGUUCCUGGGUCGGAGAUGAGAUUGGUUAAGAAAACAAUGGCUGCUUUGUAAGAGUGUCCCGCUGUGAUGGGAUUGGUGGGGGGCACAUAGAUGGUCAGCGCUUAGUGAAGCGUAGCCACUUCAUUAGUCAGGGUUCUCCUCGUGCACCUCCUCCUCUCAUCCCUUUCUUUCUCUCUCUCCCUCCCUCCGCCCGGUCAUUCCCUCGCUGGCGUUCCCUCCACCCAGUCGUGGACGCAGAGGCAGGAGCCGCUCUGGCUGAACAUUUCUGAACACUGUGCAGGGACCUGACAUGGUUAGUCCACGGUGUGUCCAAUAGGCUGACAGGAGUUGGACGCUGGACAGGUUUCUUCAGUAGUUUGAGUUGUUUCUGUUCCGCGAAUGAAGAAGUGAACUUCUGGUGAACACAAUCAUGGCUGUCCAGACUGGCAUCCAGGUUUGGUUCAGCGAGAAGUUCGACGCCCCCCUGCUGAGUCCCAGGUGCCCCCGCAGCCCGUUGGCUCAGCGGCACGGCCCCGGUCUCUCCAACGUUUUCCAGUAUGACCAGUGGCUGGCGGUCCGUCACGAGGCCACGCUGGUCCCCAUGCAGGAGGACCUGGCCAUCUGGCUCAGUGGCAUGUUGGGAGAGGAGGUGAGAGCCGAACUGUUCAUGGAGGAGCUGGAUAACGGCGUGAAGCUCUGCCAGCUGAUCGGCGCCCUGCAGACCAAGGUCGCCCAGACCUGCCCCUCAGCGCUACCCAAGCUCUUCCCCACCAGGAAGGUGGCCUGUAAGCGCGACGCCUCCCCGGGUUCCUUCUUCGCUCGGGACAACACGGCCAACUUCCUGGCCUGGUGCCGGCACGUCGGCGUGGACAACACCUACCUGUUUGAGUCGGAGGGCCUCGUGCUGCACAAGGAGCCUCGGCAGGUGUGUCUGUGUCUGCUGGAGGUCGGCCGGAUCGUCUCCAGAUACGGGGUGGAGCCGCCCGUGUUGGUGAAGCUGGAGAAGGAGAUCGAGCUGGAGGAGACGCUGCUGAUGACGGAAGAACCUCCCGCCGCGGUGAAGACCUUCAGCGUGUGCUGCCAGCACGGGGCGCUCUACCAGCCAGAGGAGCUCAGCAUGGAUGACCCUCCCUGUAACUGCUCCAACAAGGUGUCCAUAGAGUACCUGUCGGAGGGACGCUACAGACUGGGCGAUAAGACCAUCUUCAUCAGAAUGCUGCACGGCAAACACGUGAUGGUGCGAGUUGGCGGGGGCUGGGACACCCUGAGGGGCUUCCUGACCAAGUACGACCCUCUACGGGUGCUGCAGUUCACCACACUGGAGCAGAAGAUCCUGGCCUUUCAGAAGGGCCCACCUGGUUUGGGCGGUCACCGUGCCAACAACGCUCCACCCCCUCCGCCUCAUAUGGACCCUCUUGCUGCAGUUAAUGGCCUCAUCUCCUCCUCUGCUUCCUCCUCUUCCUCCUGCUCUUCAUCAGCAUCUGCACCCCCUGUAGGACAGAGCUGCCGCUCAUAUGUCCCCUCCCCUGCCUGCACCCCCAUCUUGGCGAGGAAAGGUUCUGCUGCUGUACCGAAGAAGGACCUUCAGACGGUGCCGUCCUCCCCCAGGAAGCCCACCCAACUCCCCCUACCCGUCCCCACCAAAGGCUCCUCUUCUCUGCCCUCCUCACCUGUGAGCAGCUCCUGCAGGUGGUCCCCCAGCCCGGGCAGUCACCGCAGAGCCCUGACUCCAUCAGCUCCCCCUGUGGAGCCAAGCUCCGCCUCAAAGCUAAAGCCCCGCCCACAUGGUCCUUCUGCCCACCCCAGGAGCCCUGUCUGCCCUGAGCCUUCCUCCAAAUGCCCCAAACCUUCCAGCCCAUGUACCUCCCCCACUACUGAGCACAUGCCCCGUUCCACCACCGUACCUGCCCCCAGAGACAUUAAGCCUCCCUCGGGCGCCAGCCAGCGCUCCCACCUUGCACAGAGGCGCUCCGGCUCUCCGGCGUCACGCCUCCGACUGGGGACGAUCAGGAAGGCCAGGGUGGCCACAAGGACUGUGCCGGUACAAAAAACGGUACCCCGACAGUUCCCGUCCCCCUGCUCCCAGGCUGGCUCCUCCCGUGCCCCAACCCCCUGCUCCCAGGCUGGCUCCUCCCGUGCCCCAACCCCCUGCUCCCAGGCUGUGUCCCCAGCAACAGUAAUUUCUAUCUGCUCCAUGUCAAAGGUUAAAAUCAAGGUGGCCUCUGCCAUCCCUGGGCCGGUCCCAAGUAUUCCCUCCUCUUCCUCUAAAGGUAAUCAGAAGGCCCCCCCCACAGCACAGAGGACUGUAAGAAAACCAGCAGCUCCAGGGAACCCCAGCACAAAGACGGCACUGAAGCCUGAAGCAACAAUAACUCAACCCACAACCUCUCAGAGAAACCCAGUGAAAGCUGCAGAGAAGAUCCCACAGAGCAAGACCAGGAGUGACAAGCCAUACUUUGAAAUGACCACUAGGAGGAAGCAGAGAGCCUGAAACGGCGCCCUCUAAAGGCUUCAUGAAACCAGCAGCACUUGUUGGUGCGCAGACUUUACAUUGAUAUUAUCUCUAAUCCUUGUCUGAUCAUGUCUGUAAUUUUGUUUUUGAUUAUUCUUUUUAAUUAUUUAAUAGUCUUUUUUUUUAUCCAACUGUGGUCUCUUUAGAGAUCAGAUUUACAUUAAUAAACUCAAAACUUGCA